CAACAGCAGACAGCUGAAGACCGAGAGUGCCUCAAAGACCUGCGGCCAAGCGACCCGCGGGAUGAUAAAAAGCGCAUCGAACAGACGAAAGGCGGCUUGCUAAAAGACUCGUACAAGUGGAUCCUGGAGCAUCAAGACUUCAAGCAGUGGCGAGACAACAAUCAGAGCCGGCUGCUUUGGAUCAAGGGCGACCCCGGCAAGGGCAAGACAAUGCUGCUCUGCGGAAUCAUCGAUGAGAUGAGCCCUAUCACGACAUCAGAUGGCAGACGUUCUUCCCUAGUCAUAUCUUACUUCUUCUGCCAGGCAACCGACUCGCGCAUCAAUACGGCGACAGCUGUGCUGCGAGGCUUGAUUUAUCUCCUUGCUGAACAUCAGCCAUCACUUCUAUCACACGUUCGAGAGAGAUAUGACAAGGCCGGAAAAGCACUGUUCGAGGAUGCGAAUGCCUGGGUUGCCUUGACUGAAAUAAUGAGAGGCAUUAUCCACGAUCCACAUUUGGAUAAAGGCUAUCUUAUUAUUGAUGCGCUGGACGAAUGCUCUGACCUACAACAACUUCUCAAGUUCAUUCGCGAGAGCACUGGAGUCUCUUCACGGGUCAAGUGGAUCGUAUCGAGUCGGAACUGGCCCGAGAUAGAAGAGGCAAUAGGGACCAUCACACAGCAAGCUCGUCUGGAUCUUGAGCUCAACGAGGACGCUAUCUCUGCAGCUGUUCAACAUUACACGAAGUACAAAGUGGAACAGCUAGCUAGAAAGAAAGACUACGGUUCCAAGCUACAAGAGGAUGUCUACCAUUUCUUGACAGAAAAUUCUGGUAGCACAUUCCUCUGGGUAGCGCUAGUCUAUCAAGAACUGGCUCUUCCCACUGUCAAACCGCGACACGUACGGGAUAAGCUUCGUACGCUCCCUCCAGGACUCAACCCCCUCUAUCAGGAAAUGCUCAAAAGAGCGUACGCUUCGGAGGAUUCCGAUAUAUGCAGACAUAUCUUGGUUGCAGUGUCGCUAUCAUUCCGCCCCCUCACAUUACCAGAACUGGCAUGCCUUAUCGACUUGCCUGAUACUAUCCCGGAGGAUGAUCUCGAGACUUUGGAGGAGAUUAUCGGGAAUUGCGGCUCCUUCCUAACGCUUCGAGAUAAGACCGUCUAUUUUGUACACCAAUCAGCACAGGACUUCUUACUUCAGAAAGGAUCCAAACAGAUCUUUCCUUCAGGUUCUGCUCAAGAACAUCAGAAGAUCCUCUUAAGAUCAAUCGAGACCAUGUCUCAGAAGCUCAGCCGCAACAUCUACAAUCUUCAGCACUCUGGCAUUCUCAUCGACAAAGUUCGCCGACCGCAGCCCGACCCGUUAGCUGCAGCCGCAUAUUCUUGCGUCAAUUGGGUAGACCAUCUGCUCGAGACCGAGUCUAAUGACUAUCUACAAGAUGAGGGCAAAAUAGACGAAUUUCUGAGGGAGCACUACCUUUAUUGGCUUGAAGCUCUAAGUCUUCUACGAAGCAUUCCCGAAGGCGCAUAUGCUCUAGCGAAGCUGAAACACAAAGUUCAGAAUGCCUCCUUUCUGCUUCAACUUCUCCAAGAUAUGCAACGUUUUCUAUCGUACAGUCAAUGGGCUAUUGAAAACAGUCCUCUUCAAGUCUACACCUCAGCACUUAUCUUCAGCCCUAACAAUAGCUUGACCAAGCAGCUCUUCCAAAAGGAAGAACCAGCGUGGAUAAAGACAAUGCCAAUGAUAGAGGAUGACUGGAGCCCUUGCCUUCAGACGCUCGAGGGGCACAGCAGCGAGGUCUCGUCAGUAGCCUUCUCGGGCGACUCACAGCAGAUCGCCUCAGGCUCUUACGAUGCAACAGUCCGGAUCUGGGAUACUAGGACAGGGCAGUGCCUGCAGACGCUCGAGGGGCAUAGCAGCGAGGUCUCGUCAGUAGCCUUCUCGGGCGACUCACAGCAGAUCGCCUCAGGCUCUCACGAUACAACAGUCCGGAUCUGGGAUACUAGGACAGGGCAGUGCCUGCAGACGCUCGAGGGGCAUAGCGACUGGGUCUCGUCAGUAGCUUUCUCAGGCGACUCACAGCGGAUCGCCUCAGGCUCUCACGAUGCGACAGUCCGGAUCUGGGAUACUAGGACAGAGCAGUGCCUGCAGACGCUCGAGGGGCACAGCAAUGCGGUCUCAUCAGUAGCCUUCUCGGGCGACUCACAGCAGAUCGCCUCAGGCUCUCACGAUACAACAGUCCGGAUCUGGGAUACUAGGACAGGGCAGUGCCUGCAGACGCUCGAGGGGCACAGCGACUGGGUCUUGUCAGUAGCCUUCUCGGGCGACUCACAGCGGAUCGCCUCAGGCUCUCACGAUGCGACAGUCCGGAUCUGGGAUACUAGGACAGGGCAGUGCCUGCAGACGCUCGAGGGGCAUAGCGACUGGGUCUCGUCAGUAGCCUUCUCGGGCGACUCACAGCAGAUCGCCUCAGGCUCUUACGAUGCGACAGUCCGGAUCUGGGAUACUGGGACAGGGCAGUGCCUGCAGACGCUCGAAGUCGGUCAGACGUUGAAGAAUUUGUCGCUGGAUUUUACUGGUGCAUAUCUCGAGACAGAAAUGGGUAUUUUCAACCUUGAAAAUCCUUCUUCUGCAGCUACUCUACAGCAAGUACAAGCGGAAGACAAGGCCCGACCGCCUCAGCGCUGUAGCUAUGGGAUCAAUUCGGAUGGCAAUUGGAUUACAAGCGGCGCAGAAAAUCUGUUAUGGCUCCCAUCGGAGUAUCGCCCGGUGUCUUCUGCUGUGGCCGGAUCGAGUGUCGCAAUCGGCUGCUCAUCAGGCCGGGUUCUUUGCUUCAGCUUUAGACUUUUGACUGCUGAAUAUGCCUGA